AUGAAUUUUGCAAAACCAAGUAAAAAAAUAUAUGAUUUAAAUGAUUUGAAGAAUUUUCAAAACUCAAUUGCAUUUCAAAAAUUAUCAAAAGUUUUAAAUGAAAUUUUAAUAGCUGUUCAAGAUAAGAAAGUUCCAAAUGAUAUUCUUAAUCCAGAUAUAGUGACUCGAAAACAACUACCAAAUAUGGUUAUACCCUCAUUAAUUGAUGAAAAUAAAGAAUCAUUUGAGUGUAGUGAAAAUGGUAAAGUUUUAAUUGAGACAAUUGACAAAUUGAAUCAGUUAAUUGAUGAAACACCUCCAAUUGAAGGCCCUACCAGAUUUGGAAAUUUAGCAUGUAGAUUAUGGCAUGAUAAAGUAGAAACAAUACUAGAAAAAGAACUAAAAAAAUUCAAAGUAGAAGGGGUCAAUCUUGAUGAUUUUUUAAUCGAAAGUUCAUAUUAUAUUGCGUCUUCAUUUGGUUCAAAAAUUAGAUUAGAUUAUGGCACAGGUCAUGAAUUAUCAUAUUUAACAUUUAUUGGAUCAUUAUUAGAUUAUAAGGUUAUACCUUUAGAUGGAUAUGAAUUAUUAGUUUUAUUUUCAAAAUAUUAUGAUUUAAUAAGAAAACUAAUUAUAGUUUAUAAUUUAGAACCAGCUGGUAGUCAUGGAGUAUGGGGAUUAGAUGAUCAUUUCCAUUUAAUUUAUAUUAUUGGAUCAUCACAGUUUUGUAAUGAUAAAUUAGCACCAGUGGUUUCAAGAGCAUUAUCAAAUCAAACUAUAAAUACAUAUAAAUUAACAAAUUUAUACAUAAAUUCAAUUGCAUUUAUAUUUAAAAUUAAAACAGGUCCAUUUAAUGAACAUUCUCCAAUCAUAUAUGAUAUUCAUCAAAAUGUAUAUCUGUGGCAAAAAGUAAGACAAGGAUUAAUUAAAAUGUAUUUUGAUGAAGUUUUUAAAAAAUAUCCGGUUAUUCAACAUUUUUGGUUUGGUAAUGUAUUAUACCCAUGGAAAGAUGUUCAUGGGAAAGAUUUACCAGUAUAUCAAAAAGAAAUGAAAGAAGAAGAGGAACAACCGUCGUCAAAAACGACAACUAAAAUGCCAAUGCCAAUGACAAGAGCUCCAUGGGCAAGAAGAUAA